AUGAAGAUGCUAAAAUACAAAAAAAAAAGUGAUAAGAUCCGACUGUUACAACAACCCUAUAAGCAAUAUGAGUGGCAAGGAGAGGUGUUGAAGAGGAAAGGAAGAAUAGUAGUAGGGAAACAACAGGAGGUGCGAAGCAAGUUGCUUGCUUAUUUCCAUGAAUUUGUCCUUGGUGGUCACUCAGGAGCAUCACAUACAUAUAAGAGGUUGAAGCAAAUUUUCUAUUGGAAAAGGAUGCAUCAAGAGGUUAAGGAUUGGGUGCAUAAGUGUACAGUUUGCCAAAGGAAUAAACCUGUUUUGACUAAGCCAAUUGGUUUGUUACAACCACUUCCUGUCCCUACUCAGGCUUGGCAGUGCUUAGCCAUGGAUUUUAUUGUGGGCUUGCCAAAAUCUAAUGGGAAGACAAUCAUUCUGGUGGUAAUUGAUAGGUACACCAAAUAUGCUCAUUUUGUAGCAUUACGGCAUCCAAUCAAUGCUGCUAAGAUCGCUCAGGUGUUCAUUGAUACAAUAGUGAAGUUGCAUGGAUGGCCCAGUGAGAUAGUGUCAGAUAAAGACCCAAUUUUUAUGAGUGAUACAACAAUUGAAGCAAUAGACUACAUCAUCAGGACUCGAGAGGAAAUUGCAACAAUUUUACACAAGAAUCUCAGGAAAGCACAGGAAAGGAUGCAGUUGUAUGCUAACAAGAAUAGGACAGACAAAGAAUUUGCAGUGGGAGAUUGGGUAUAUUUGAAGUUACAGCCAUUUAAACAACAAUCAAUACCUAACUCAGCGUUUCACAUAUUAGUUGCUCACUUUUAUGGUCCUUACAAAAUUGUGGAGAGAGUGGGGAAGGUGGCAUACAAGCUAGAAUUACUAGCUCAAGCUCGCAUACAUAAUGUAUUCCGUAUUUCCUUGCUAAAAAGACAUCAUGGAGAUUGUCUAGUUUCUACAGCACUGCCAAGUUUUGAUUUCAAUGAUCAAUUGGAGUUGAAGCCAAUUGACAUUCUACCUAGAAGAAUAAAGAAAAGACGCAACAGGCCGAUUACAAAAGUGCUAAUACAUUGGCAACAUACAACACCAAAAGAAGCUACAUGGCAUGAGGUGCACAAGUUGAAGCAACAGUUUCCUCAAGUGGAUUGGAACUCUUUAUUAAUGAGGCCAGUGGAUGAAAGGGCCUUGGAGGCAAAGCCUUCAGAUGGAGGGGAAAUUAUUCAAGUUGUUGUCCUUGCCCUUGUUGUGGUGGAGUUUCAUGUUCUUGUGGUUGUGAAUGAGCUUUUGUCCCUUACUUUGAUGGACUUUGAGUAUGACAUUGAGAGGGAGUGCUAA